GCACAGCUUGGAGAUUUGUGAUGCACAAUAGCACAUUGAAGGCUCUGGGAAGAGGAAAGGCUCUGAAGAGAGUUUACUCCCAAGUGGUAACAUCUGGAAGCAGCGAUCUGCACCUUCCUCCCACCCAGUACCUCCAGAGCUUGGAGCUGGAGAGUCUCCAGGCAAAGCUUCCCCGGUACCUACGGAACCUGUUCAGCCAUGAUGCCGAUGUCCUGGUGUGGCACGCCCUCCUCCUGCCUGAGAAGCCACCCUACAACCUCAAGGCUUUCCACCUGCGCAUCAACUUCCCUGAGGACUAUCCGUUCAAGCCCCCUACGGUGACAUUCACCACCAGGAUCUACCACCCCAACGUGGGCCACAAUGGAGAGGUUUGCCUGCCCAUCAUCAGCAAGGAGAACUGGAGUCCUUACACCAAGACCUGCCAAGUCUUGGAGGCCCUCAACGUGCUGGUGAACAGACCAGACCUGGGGCAGCCGGUCCGGUUGGAGCUCGCAGACCUACUGAAGCAAGAUCCGGAGCUGUUCCACAGGGAGGCCAGGGAGUUCACCCUCAAGUAUGGAGUCGACCGGCCCUCCUAACUGGUUCUGACCCCUCUCUUUGCUGGAUCCUCUCUGUGUGACGGGCGGACAUUUCAUGGAAGCUGUGGGGGGCCGGGGGGGGUGCGGCUGGAGCCUCCUGUCAUUUGUUGCAUGUUUUCCUUCUUAAGUAGCUAGUCAUUAGCCUGUGUGUGUGUGUGUGAGCAUGUGUGUGUGUGUGUGUGUGUGUGUGUGGCAUGGACCCAUUCCCACGUUCACCUGGCCACAGUGUGCUUUUCCUGCUCUUUCUCUGCCCCAGAGGCAGACGAGUUCACGUUUGUGCAAUUACAGGCCAGCUCUCCAGGGCUCCGUGCUCUCACAGACACAGGUUGCCUUCAGGCCAGCUGGCAGGAAAUGAACCUAGGAGCCGCCUCGCAUCCCCCUAGGGCCCAGGCAGAGGGGCAGAGGGGAUGUGAGGAGUAUGGAGGGGGGGCAGGGCACUUGGAGAGAAUCAUAUUUACACUUGAGUGAUUUGUUUAUUAUUUGAAGUCAGCCAGACUGCUAAUAGGUACUUCAUGUCUAGAUUUAUGCGCGAAACCUUUCCUUUUCCCCUGAUGAAUCAUGAAGUGAAGAAUCUAAUCUCUAUCCA